ACAGGAAUACAUGGGCGACGUAAAAUCCACGAUAGCCAAGUUGGGUUUGUAUUCGUCUCGAUCAGAGAGGCACGUGACUUUGCAUGGAAGUCUUGUGUGCUUACUAUCAUAAGCAUAGAAGUUUGAAUGAACAGAACUACUACAGGAAGAAAUAAACUUUCUUAGCUAAACUUGUGCAAGACAUAAAAGCGGAAAUAUGAUGUAUGCCGUUUCUGUAAAUGGUUGUUUUAAAGCCUUCAUACCUUAAUUAAUCACCAAAUAUUUUUCAAUCUCCGUAUUUUGUCUAAAUUCGUCGAAUCGUAUAAGUAAACUGUUUAAGCAUAAUUUCUAACGUAUUGUUAGGCUACUUGGUUCUAAUAUUAACUGUAGACUAGCUUAUAUAAAUAAUAGGAAUAAAGAUAAGGUUAUGUGCCAAUUAUCCAGGAAAUUUGCUUUGCACUGGCACAGACAGGUUAGAGGUAAGUGAAAAUGUUAAUACUAAAAUAUUUGUUUGCCUUCAUGUUGAGUAACUUGCUGUAAUAAAAAAUAAUGGUAAAAUAGCACUGGAUAUUGUAGUAGGCUAUAAUUAUUAGCCGUAUUUUAGUAUAUUUGAUCCAUUACUGAAGCUUAAAUGUGAUAGAUUGUUUUUUAUUCAUUUAUUUUUAACAGUGUAAUUAGCCAAAGUAUUUUUGGUAACAGCACAUGUACAAGUUAACUGAGAAACAUCCCUAGGUGCUGUGGCAUGAUCUGAGAAGAUUUGGCCAUUGUGUAUGAGUGUGUGAGCGAGCGAGAAAGGGGGGAGAGAGAGAGAGAGAGAGAGAGAGAGAGAGAGAGAGAUGGAUAGAGAGACUCUAAGACUUCGCGGACAAUGGCGGAAAAUUGAAGGUAUAUUUGCUAAAGCCGUGGUUCCUUAUCCGGGGACUACAUCGCCCCAUGCCAUUGGGCCAUCGUAUCACGUGGUAAAAGUAACUUUACAGGGUUGCUCGCUAGUAGGAGGGCUUUAUGGAGCAGAAAAACGACAAAGCUAGAAAAAUUAUUUUCCACUCCAGAAAUUAAUGAUCAUGAGCUCGUAUUUGAUGGACUCUAACUACAUCGAUCCGAAAUUUCCUCCUUGCGAGGAAUAUUCGCAAAAUAGCUACAUUCCCGAACACAGCCCCGAAUAUUACAGCCGUGCAAGGGACAGUGGCUACCAGCAUCACCACCAGGAGUUAUACCCUCCGCGGGCAAGCUACCAGGAGCGUCAGUAUAACUGUGCAAGCAUCCCUGAGCCUGAUACUCAAAGAGGACAUGGACUGCCUCACGCGGGGCACCUGCUCGGAAAAGGGCAAUCUGCCUCAUGUGAGCCCCCACCGUUACCCCUGUCUCCUGCCACCCCUCCGGCUGCAUCGUCCGCCUGCAAUCAAGCCACCCCGGAGCAUCCCAACAGCUCAGCUUCUGCCAAACAACCCGUAGUGUACCCCUGGAUGAAGAAAAUUCACGUCAGCACCGUGAACUCUAGUUACAAUGGAGCGGAACCCAAGCGGUCUAGAACUGCUUACACUCGCCAGCAAGUCUUAGAAUUGGAGAAGGAAUUCCACUAUAAUCGGUACUUAACACGGCGAAGACGUAUCGAGAUUGCUCAUUCUUUGGUCCUCUCGGAGAGGCAAAUCAAAAUUUGGUUUCAGAACCGCAGGAUGAAGUGGAAAAAAGACCAUAGGCUUCCAAACACCAAAGUCAGAUCCUCUUCCUCCACGGGCAUUUCCUCCGGGUCCAACACAAGCUCAGCGGCUGGCGUUGUGGCGGCAGCUUCCACCACUAACACCAUGUCAGCCUCCGAGGACCUCUCCGGAAGCGAGCGUGGCGAGGAUAUUACAAGGUUAUAAGAGAACUAUUUCGAGGAGAGGAGAGAAGGGAAGAUCAAAUGACUGAUUAUUUAUAAAAUAUAAUAUAUUUUGUUUUCGUAGGUAUCUUGUGCGUAAAGGGGGUUCCUUUAAGUCCACAGUUAUAUAAAAUGCAUGUUAUAUAGCAUGGAUUAUUGCGAAUACCUAUGGAUUAUUUUCUAUGCGAAACAGGGUUUGAUUUAUCUAGAACUGAUUUUUUUUUUUUUUUAAGAGAAAUUAUUUGGGCGAUACAGGUUAUUCACAUUUUACUCGAAUGCUAUUUGUGGGCCUUUCUUUGCCCAGCUGCCAAGGUGAAGUGCACAACGAAUCUAUUUAUUUCUCACUUGAGAGAGCUGGUAGUUUUGUUUUUUCUUCUUUUUUUCAUUCUUUUUUUUGUACUGUAAAUGAAAAACACUAUCGUGCGUAUCGAUAGAAAAAAAAAGAUCUUAAAACGUCUUGUUUUCUUUAAAUGUAAAUCAUGCUGUGGGUUAUCUGUCGUAUGGAAAGGUUAAGACUUUAAAUUAUCAUUUAGUUUUUGUUGUGAUGGCGUUGUGUUUAGGCUAUUAACAGCGGAUUGUUGUGAGAUGCAAUAAAACCAGUUUAGUGUAUUUGUGCUAAUUAUAUUGGUCAAUAAAACGUAAGUGUCUAUUAGUUUUA